UUGGAGAAGGGGGGAAUAAACCAUUGUUUGGCGGGGACUUUUUUUAUUUUUUUUAAACAAACUUAGCAACGGCGUUUUCAUCAGGAUAACAUACAUACAUACAUACUUGUCCGGCGCGGCAUUUUACGUUUUUUUUGGUUCCACGGUUACCAAAUUUGCAUACUUUUUUUUCACUUUUUAUACUAUUACAAGAGAGAGAAGAGAGAAGGAGAGAGAGAGAGAUGCACGCAAACGUUCAUGGUUUCCGGCAAAACUAUUUUUUUCGUCACCUUUUUUUUUUCCUCCCCAAACCGAACCGAACCUCAUCAUAUUUUCUCCUUUAUAAAUAUUUCUCUUCAAGUUCUACCUCCUUUUUUUUUUCCCGCCGCCUCGCGCCUCCUGUCUUCAAUCUCUCCCAUCUGGAAUAUCGUCUCUCCCAUAUCUCUGUCUUGUGGCGUACCAGCCCCACAAAACUGGAAGCAUACAAUACCGGCGUUUACUUUUUCGUUGUCGUUAUUGAUAUAUAUAUACGUACAUAUAGGUAUAUAUAUAUUUAACAUCGAGGCUGCAUUAUUAGGAAGAAUCAUUCGUGUUUGUUUGUUUGUCUGUCUGUUCGUUCUGCUGUUCCGUCUGUUGCUGUUUGUUUUGUUUGUUUGUUUGUUCCUGUUGUCUGUUUUGCACGCACGUUUGGCACACCACACUUCUCCGUGAAUAACCAACCUACCUAACCUAGGCGAAGCAUCCAUCCUCCUUUCCGCCCCCCCCUUUGUUUAUGGCCGUUAUUCAUAUCAUAUCAUAUCAUAUCAUUUAUCUACGGAUUAACUUGAAAUCGAGAAGCUGAGGAUACCCCCUUAUGCGAGCGGCAUCGUCAUCUCUGGGUGGU